CCUGAACGCAUUUUUCGUUGCUGCUAUUGUUUGCUUGACGGGGGCGAAGGGGCAGGGAGGGCGAAAAGACAACAGAAAAUAGCCCUGGCACAAGUCCUUCAUCAUCCAUCCUCUUCGUCCUCUGCUUCAUCUCCUCUCAUCCGGAUCAACAGGGCCGGGUCCAUGCUCGCCUGGCAGACAACAUCACGACCACACCCCUCGCUCUUGUUAUCUUGAACACUUUUAAACUUUUUUGCAAAUACACAACGACGACUUCGCACAGGCCUCAAUUGGAUCACACUCUAAACUCGCUCUAAUGGCGACCUUCCUCCUGUCCUCGUUACUCUCGCAGCUCUCUUCCAACCAGGCCCAAGAUGCUGCUGCUACGUCUGUUCCUCUCUCGGUGUCUACCUCGGACUGGACCUGGAAAUGGGUCUCUGAAACUGAGUUCUUCGCGCUCCUGACCUCAAAGUCCACGAACCCACUCUUCCCUCCUCCCAAGACCAUCCCCAAUGGUCUAUUCUUGCUUGUGUUCAGCUUCUGUCUCAUUUCCCUGUACGCGCUAUUGAUAUCACCCUACCCACGCACACGGGGAAAGCAGAUUCUGGCCCUCCCUCUCCUGACCACAAUGGUGCUCCUGCCCCUGUUUUUCACUACUCCACUCCAGAUCGUCCACAUGGCUAUGAGUGUCACCGCGAUUGCAGUUGCCACAAGAAUGUUCGAUCUUUACUAUGUCCAGCCCUGGACCGGAGUUCGCAGUCGAUACUGCUUAGAUGAGGUCGCGAGGUCGAAAAAGGAUCUAGAUUCAAACCAACACUCCAUCAUACAGCAGCAGCGUGAAUUCGAGACGUUCCUGAUCUGGGAUAAGCAACGGUUCAAGGUCGAGAUGUGGGCACCACUGCGACGGUUUUCCACCAAACAGAAAUCUGCACCUGCUUCCCGCUUUCUUCGCUGGCAAGAUCUCCUCCUCCAGAGUCUUCUGUACAACAUUGUCCUCGACAUCGAUAUCUUCAUCAUGUCCCAUUACACCUCCGAGGAACUGGAAGUGAUGCCCAUUCCAGAGUAUGUGUUCUGUAUGAUCGCCAUAGUCACGUUCAUCAUGUCCCAUAUUCUCUGGAUCUGCGCCACCUUUGCCCUGAUCUACUCCCUAGCCACUCGUCGACCUGUUGAUCUCGCGGAAUGGGGCAUGUUGGCGAACAAGUUACCGUGUUUUGCCCUCACGCCUGCCGAGCUCUGGAUCCAUUGGCAAACCCUGUUUCGGUACCUCUGGGUGGAUCUGGGGUUCCUACCUGUGAAGCGUUUCUGCAAGCAACAUCUUGGCCCUGAAUGCGUCGGUACUGUCGUUUCCAAGGCCGCUCAAGAGGUUUUGCCUGUAUUGGCUGUCUUUACGCUCUCGGGAAUAUUGCAUGCGUAUACGGUGUAUGCAGCGUGGCGCGAAUCCGUUUGGAGCCAACUGUUUUAUUUUAUACUCCAGGGCGUAGCUGUGGUAGCGACCAAGGCAGUGGAGAGAACAUGGUUCGGGAGGAAGAUUCGGUACAUAUACAACAAUGGUAGUUCUACCGCUCGGUGGGGACUGCAUGGACUGGGGCUCUUGAUGAUGGCGGUUUUCCAUACGUUCACAUUGCCCUUUUUCAUGGAGCCAUAUAAGCGACAUUCCAUGUGGCUCCCGCUGAAUGAAAGGAGCGUCCUCUGGUGGAUCUAUGGCAAAGCAGCAUAGAACAUAGAAGCUGUUAUUCCAUAAAAACCAAAAUAGACAUCAUGACCGUGCGUGCGGCGUUCUCACGGUGGAAUAUCUGUGUUCAACUGUCAACAAAAAAUGAAAUCCAACCGUUGAUCGAAUGUUUGCUAAAGUAAGGCGAUGUAAACUUGUUAUCAUUGCGGUACAGGACCUUGAGGC